AACAUGGCGGCCAUUUUGUAAAUGCUGCACCCGGGCCAUGGCGGAGAUGGAUGAGUGCGAGGAGCCGGGUUUAGUGCACACACACCACGGUUCAUCGGCUUCAUCCAAGUCGGGAGGUGAUAAGAUGUUCUCUCUGAAGAAGUGGAAUGCGGUGGCGAUGUGGAGCUGGGAUGUCGAGUGUGAUACCUGCGCCAUUUGUAGGGUACAAGUAAUGGAUGCGUGUUUAAGAUGUCAGGCAGAAAACAAGCAGGAGGACUGCGUUGUCGUAUGGGGAGAAUGCAACCACUCGUUCCAUAACUGCUGCAUGUCUCUGUGGGUAAAACAAAACAACCGGUGCCCACUGUGCCAACAAGACUGGGUCGUGCAGAGGAUCGGCAAAUGAGGACGUUCUCAAACAUCCACCGUGUUCUUCACAUGUUUCAGCUUCGUCUGGCUUCAGGACGUCUGACUGACUCUUCUACUGCAGUGUGUGUGUUUGUGACUGUAAAAUGAAGUGUUUGGACUUUACUAGAACUCCAAGUGAUGCUUUGAGUUAUACAGAACAAUUUGUGAGACUUAAGCACUAGAGUUUUACUGCAGCCUAUGAAACGGACUGUAAAGGUGUUGAAUGUGUGUUGAAAUAAAAGUAACGUAUUAAAGGAAA